AUGUCCCUACCAGCUACUUUUGACUUGACUCCAGAAGACGCCCAGUUGUUGUUGGCCGCUAACGUCCACUUGGGCUCCAAGAACGUUCAAGUGCACCAAGAGCCAUACCUGUACAAGACGAGACCGGACGGCGUGAACAUCAUCCACAUCGGAAAGACCUGGGAAAAGAUCGUGUUGGCCGCCAGAAUCAUCGCUGCCAUCCCUAACGCCGAGGAUGUCGUGGCCAUCUCUUCCAGAACCUACGGCCAGAGAGCCGUCUUGAAGUUCUCCGCGCACACGGGCGCCACGGCCAUUGCAGGCAGAUUCACGCCGGGUUCGUUCACCAACUACAUCACCAGAUCCUUCAAGGAGCCAAGAUUGGUGAUUGUCACCGACCCAAGAUCCGACGCCCAGGCCAUCAAGGAGGCGUCGUACGUCAACAUCCCAGUCAUCGCAUUGACCGAUUUGGAGUCUCCAUCUGAAUACGUGGACGUUGCUAUUCCAUGUAACAACAGGGGCAAGCACUCCAUCGGCUUGAUCUGGUACUUGUUGGCCAGAGAAGUCUUGAGACUAAGAGGCGCUCUAGUCGACAGAACCCAGCCAUGGUCCAUCAUGCCAGACUUGUACUUCUACAGAGACCCAGAAGAGAUCGAGCAACAGGCUGCUGAGGAGGCUGCUGCCGGUGAGGAGGACGACGAGGCCAAGGAGGAGGUUGCUGCCGAGGAGCAGACCGAGGCUGCUGACUGGGCUGAGGGUCAAUCCGAAGAGGUUGCUUCCUGGUAA